AACCGGAAGUAUAUCGGUUUCCCAGACGAGCGCCAAUGACGUCAAUCGCACGACACAAUGCGUGUGAAUAAAAAUAUACUUGUGCAUUGUUCAUUUAAUGUAGUUUUCAUAUGUUUUGCCCAGCAUUAUUUUAGUCAUCAUCAGAUUGAAGCGUUAUCACGCACUACUCACACUAUUUAUACUAAAAAAUGGCGUAGAAUAGUGUUUAAGUGCGCGAUUUGGUACGCACCUUAGGACACAAGACCGCUGAAGAACGCAUAUUGAGAAACGGCCCACACCAAGGAAAACCAGACGAACACCACCUUGACCAGUUUGCCAGAUCUAACAAACAAUAGCUUGAAAUGAGAAGAAAUCAGAGCACUUUUCUUAGCGUGGGACAGAUGGCUGAUCUAAGACAAGCAUCCCUAUUCGUACUACUUGUAUUAACUCGUGUGUGCGCUUAGUUGAGGAUCUAAAUCACAGGGUUACUAUGGUGCAACACCUGAGCAAUGAUACAUCGUCACGGCAACAGAGGAGGGUCCUUGUCAUGCACAGGUGGUCUGCAGCAGCCAUGCCCAGUAAACUGGAGGGAGCCAUGGAUGCACUUAUCACGGUCUUCCACAACUACUCGGGGAACGAAGGUGACAGGUACAAACUCAACAAAGGAGAGCUGAAGGAACUUCUAAACAGCGAACUCACCGACUUCCUCAUGUCUCAGAAGGACCCCAAUCUGGUGGAGAAGAUCAUGAACGAUCUGGAUUCCAACAAGGACAACGAGGUCGACUUCAAUGAGUUUGUUGUGUUGGUGGCCGCGCUGACGGUGGCGUGCAAUGACUUCUUUCAGGAACAACAGAAGAAAAAAGGACGAGACGGCAAAUAAAUCUGAUGUGUGAAAUGCUCGAGUACCUGAAUGUGUAAUGCUCUAUGUAUUAAAACAUUUGUUAAUAUCUAGUUGAGUUUUUAUUACUUCUCAUCAUAGCAGCUUAUUCUUACUGUCACUGCAGUUCUCUUUAAACAAUUUCUUGAUUCCUUUUCCAAAGCGAAUUGAUCAUUAAGUAUCAUUUUUAUAAAAGAUCAGUUAUUUGCUAUUAUCUUUUUCUGGAUUAAAAGGGAUGGAUUUAUCAUAAACUGAUUGAAACUGUUUUAAAUGUGCAUGUAGGUCUGUCUGUAUUAUUGUGUGCGUGUAGAAUGCAAUGAAUCUGAUGGUGUGAUGUUGCUUUGACCUUUGACUCUGUGCUCCU